AUGUACAGAACCGCAUUAAGAACCGUCAGAACCGUCCGCCCUGCAAACACAUUGAUGAUCCAGCAGCGUUAUCGCGGCGGAGUCGUUGACAGCACCAAGGAAGUGCUCAAAGACAUCAAUCUCAAGGUUGGAAAGACUCUCGCCUCAGGACUUGACAAGGCCGAAGAUGUGGCCGAGACAGUCAAGGAGGAGGUCUCCACCGUCAAAGACAAGGUUGCAGACAAAAAAGACGACCUAUCGCAGAAGGCGUCCGAGAAAGCAUCCCAGGCAAAACAGGAUGCUUCGCAGGAAGCUGCCGAGCUGAAGGAGACCCUCCAGUCCAACAAAGAUAACGUCAAGCGGGAAGUGAAAGAGAACUUCAAGGGCUAUGAUAGUCUGCAAGAUAAGGGCUCCAAAAUUGAGCGCGAACAACAAAGACCCGACGACGGAGUGUAG